AUGAAUUAUAUCAUCUCACUUCCAAAAACACCAACAGGACUAUAUGAUACCAAAGCACUUCAAAACCAAUUUAUGCAUGGAGGAAUUAUUAAAGAAGAAGAUGUCUCAAGAUUAAUCGAAGAAAGUAAGUGUUAUUUUGGAUUAGAAGAAAAUGUAGUUCAUGUAUAUGACAAUACACUUAUAUUUGGAGAUUACCAUGGACAAUACUUUGAUUUAAUUACACAAAUGAAUGACCCUUUUUGGAAAGAUCGAUAUUCAACAUCAAUUUAUUUAGGUGAUUAUGUUGAUAGAGGGACAAUGUCAUGUGAAGUACUAAUAACGUUGUUAUGUAUGAAGGUAAAUAAUCCAUCUCAUGUGAUAAUGCUAAGAGGAAAUCAUGAAAGUAGAAAUAUGACUCGAGCAAUGGGGUUUAUGGCUGAGUGUAAAAUGAAAUACUCGUUAAUUCUCUAUCGUCAGUUUUGUUCUUUAUUUGACUCUCUUCCAUUAGUGUGUAUUGUUCAUCGUGAUAUAGGUGAUUUCUUUUGUUGUCAUGGUGGAAUAUCUCCAGACAUGACAUCUAUUAACCAAAUCAACUCUAUUGAUCGUUUUCAUGAACCACCUCUUGAAGGUCUUUUUUGUGAUUUAUUAUGGGCUGAUCCUAUUAGUGAAAAAAAGUUUGAAGAACAACCUGGAUUUAAAAGGCAUUAUGAUGCCAUUUCAUUUUUACCGAACAAUGAAAGAAAUUGUUCGUAUUAUUUUGGAUAUAAAGCUAUUGAUGAGUUCUUACAAAAUAAUAACAUUAUUGCAGUUAUUAGAGGACACCAAUGUAAUAGGGAAGGUGUUGAGAUGCACUUUUUUGGAUGUGAUGAAUUAGAAUUUCCUCUAUGUUUUACUGUAUUUAGUGCAUCUUUAUAUUCUUUAAACAACCAGAGUGGGACUUUAUUAUUGUCAAAUGAAAAAAUUGAUAUUGGAAGAUACAACCAACCAGACUGUUUAAAUCAAUAUAAUCCAAUUCUUCCAAAUCCUAUUUUAUUUUCAGUAAUUAAAGUUAUGGAAAGUAUUGAAGAUAUUAUGUACCAAUUAAUUCCAUUUGUUUUCAAUGAAGAAAACAGUGAACAUGAAGAGACUGAUAGAAUCCAAGAAAAUCAAAUACAAAUUCAACAAGAAAAUUUUAAGAAAGAAGCAGGUUCGUAUUUUGGUAGUUCAGAAAAAGACCCAAAACCAUUAUUUUUUGAAAAUCCAAUAACUCCUCUAAAUUCUUGUUUAUCUCAAAGUAAUCCAGGUGAUGAGGAGGGUAUUAAUGUUAUUGAAAAAGAACUUAGUAUUGAAGUACCUGAAGUAAAACAAUCAAUUUCAAAAAAAGGAAAAAUAAACAACAUUUCUAUAACAUUUAAAGAAGAUACCCAAAAAAAGAAUUCACUAUUUUUAUCAUUUGACCAAAGUGAAGUACACCCUUUAAUAUAUAAUGAUUUACAUGCAUCUAUUGCUACACAAGAACCAAGUCUAUAUGAAACGAAAGAUACCACAAAACUAAUUAGACAAGAAAGUCUCCCUGUUUCUAUUGAUGAAAUUAGAAAAAAGUAUUUAGGAUUGAAUAAAUGA